AUGCGCUGCAGUUUACGCAUGCGCAGCAAGAGCUGGCGUAUGUGCCGGGCUAACCAAGUUAGCAGUAGCUUCCUCCUGCCCAACCUGACCGGUCCGUGUAGCUGGCUGUCCCGCAUCAUGUUCAGAGCCGCCGUCCGUCUCUCGGUCUCCGGUGUACGGAGUUUAACCCGUACGCAACCACAAUGCCAAGGUGUUUUGGCCUCAAGGUGUUACUCACAUGGGAAGCAGGAGACAGAUGAGGAGUUUGAUUCUCGCUGGGUCAUGUAUUUCAACAAGCCAGACAUUGACGCAUGGGAGCUGAGAAAAGGGAUGAACACAUUGAUUGGGUACGAUCUGGUACCCGAGCCAAAGAUUCUUGAGGCCGCGCUGAGAGCCUGUCGGAGACUAAACGACUUGGCCAGCGCUAUCCGAAUUUUGGAAGCUGUGAAGGACAAAGCCGGCCCUCAUAAAGAUAUCUACCCCUACCUGAUCCAGGAGCUGCGGCCAACAUUAAAUGAGCUCGGCAUCUCUACACCUGAAGAGCUCGGCAUUGACAAGCUGUAGCUGAGCAGAUCCUAUGACAGUGGAAGAUACCCAAGACACAGACCCUUGUACUUUAAUGUUUGCCUCAUUUACUGCGUGUGAUAUUUAAUUUGGCCUUUAUUAAGUUCUUUUGCUUGUAAAAUAUUCAUGAACAUAAUAAAGGAGAAUUUAUCUUUGAGUGUCAAAAGUAUAUGGGAAUAUUUUUCGUAGUCUGAGUACUUAUUGAAGCAAUACUUCACGACAGGUUGCUUUGACUGGGAGCAUCACAAACUGGUACAUGUCCAAGUGUGUGCAGACUUUCUUGUAAGAGUCACGUUUUGCCACCAGGGAGCAGCGUUUUCACUUGAAUGUAAGAAUCAUCCUACUGUAUUCAGUCGGCAUUGCAUCUGUUUUCAUUUCAGGGAGAAGUUACGUGUUGGUAAAAUAAAGUUGUUCAAAUGGCAAA